AUACAUACUGGCAUUUUGGGAGUUUGCAUUUGUCCUUGCUUAGCUUUGUCAUCCUCUUGUUUACUUGGCUCUUUUUUCUACUUCUUUUCUAUAAAAUUCAUUAGUGUCUUUUUCCACCGUCCGUUAUCCUCGGUCUUUGUCAGUCUUACAAUGAGCGCAAAGCCCUCAUCAGUCGCCCCGGACGUAUGGGAGGAUGACUGGGAGAAACAGGCCGAUACCUUAACCAGCGAUGCGACCCCGCCCCCUCUGGAGAAAAAAGUGUCGUCCAAGGUCACCAAAGCACAGCGCAGGGCACAGCAGGCUGAGUUUAACCGCCAAUUAUGGGCUGAAGCAGAGUCUCCAGAGACCUUUCAUUUCCUGGAAUCCCGCUCCGAAGUUCCUUUGAAACAGGAAUUCAAACCAACUGUCACUGUUCUCAGUCGCAAGCCUCAGUUGGCUACACGACAGUCUUCGUCCAUCGGCUCCGCGACAGCAGGCGUUGCACGACUGGCUCUAAGCUCCGAGGCUGGUAUUGACGAUUCUGACGAUGAGGAGGACAAGCCUCCAGAACCGACUCCGGAAGAACGCCAAGCUAUUGCGUUGAAGAAUCGCGAAGAGAAGCAGCGCAAAUACGAAGAAGUUCGCGAAAGACUAUUCGGGAGCCCCUCCGCAACUACAUCGGGCGCCUCGUCGCCUCGCAGUUCAACCCCGCCAAAGCCGCACGAGGGCAGAGGGAAAGGAAAGGGCCGUGGCAGUGGAAGGGACAAUCGGGAGAAGAGGGACUCGUCAGCUGCGUCGUCGAAGUCAAGACAACUCUAUGACCCAGGCCACACGGCCAAACCGAAUCCAGCCUAUAUACAGAGGAAAGAGAGACAACCAACGGGACAACGACCUGGGAGCGAACCACAAUCCCCACGACAGCCGGUCCGUUCUCCUAGGGCCCCAGACCCUAGUGGAAGAGGCGGUUUUAGAUCAGGUAACAGAGGUGCAAAGGCAAGUUAAAUUUGCACAUAUGGAAAUUUACAGGUUGGGCCAUGCUCAACCAUAACCAAAACGAGUCGCCCAGGUAUUAUUUGUUCUUUUGCCAGCGCAAAUGCAGCAUAUGAUGCUUGGAGACUCGUUACACCAAGGGCUUGGAACUUUCAACCACCGAAGCCCACAAACCUCAUGGAAGACCCUUUCCCGAAUUAAUGGCAUU